AGAAACCCUGUCUCGGAAAAAAAAAACCCAAAAAUAAAAAAAUAAAAAAUAAAUAAAUAAAAAGAUUUGGGUAACAACCUAUGCCCAUUUGAAGCAUGUCUGGAUAACAAACCAGUCUCUUGUACUAAGUCACAGUCGAUUCUUGCAACAUUAACAAGAACUGUUGUUGUAAUGCGUUCUUGGUAGGGGUAGGGCUCAAACCCAGAGUAUCGCACAUACAAGGCAAAUGCUCUUCCAACCACUUACAGCCCCAUCCUAGACAAGCAUUACUGUCGAAAGUCCCAAAGGAAAUGCAAAAUGUGUCUCUGUAGGAACACUGCUGAUAAGAGGGUUGUGGCAUACACAUUUCACUAAUUUUAGUAUGGGCUUUCCUCAUCUGUUAGCAUCUCUGAAAUGAGUAUGUGUUUCAGCCACGGUGUGAUAACGCAUCGUGCCCAUUUGACGGGAACAUUUGCUGUGCAGUUGAUCUGUGAAACAAUGGUGCAUUUUAUGACACCAUCACAGAAUAUGUAAAACACAGUGAGAGCAAACCACCAGCCGCUUUUUGCUGUGCACUGACUACAGCCAUGCUUCCCACAUCUGAACUAAGGGAGACCUGUAGGAACCAUUUAUAUUUACUGUAGACAGUGCCCAGCACCAGUGAUGCAUGAAACCCUCUCCAUGCACAUCUGGCAACAAGGGAGCUUUCAAAGGUUGUGGGGAGAUCACAAAAUUUAAGUUGACGCCCAUACUCUCUUCCUUUGAACAUCCACAUACUAAAAACAAGUCUAGAAUAGUGUUGUUGCUAAAUAUAUCAGAACAAGGCAUGUGGUGUAUAGUCUUAAGAAAGUAAGAGCAUGUUUUUGAUAUAACUUUAAAGCCAAAGGUGCUUGGUAUUGUGAAUCACUGAACAAAAUUAGCUCUGUUAAAUGUAUAAUUUACUUCAGAGGUGAAGGCACGUGACUGACAGGCAUAAAGCUCAUGGGCUUUUCAGCCGUUCUCACAUAAAACAAAAUGUCUUUACUCAUAAGGUACGGUGGCCAGCUGCUUCACCUUGUUGCUUUUCUUGUUUUCAAGCUCGGACAAUCUGGGGGAAGCUCCAGUGAACAGAGAUUCAGCUUUUACCCGCCACAAAUCCUGCCAUUCUUUCCUCAGUUUCCCUUGCAACAGCCUCCUCUGAUUCCAAUUCCUUUUCCCUUCCCUUUUAAUCCGAAUCAGGCUCUGACACCUAAUCAACUUCUAGAGCUAAUCACUUCUAUUUUGAACCAACUGCAGGGUUUCCUUGGGGUAAGAUUUUAUUUCUGAUUAUAUUGAUAAAAGUGACAUACAAUGUCAGAGAAGGUAAGAGUAAUCCCUCUAAACUACAAGGCAUAAGAUGGAAUCAAACAAACUGAUUAAGCCAAUUACAACCCAUGGGCUUCAUGAAUUCAGUUCCUAGACUGUUAGAUAUAAGUUUCUGCAUCUCUAAUGGUGAGUAUCCUUUCACAAGGGGUUUUCACAAAAUUUAAGAUUAUAGAAAUCAUCAGGCGUUGGUGGCGCACGCCUUUAAUCCCAGCACUUGGGAGGCAGAGGCAGGCGGAUUUCUGUGAGUUCGAGACCAGCCUGGUCUACAGAGCGAGUUCCAGGACAGCCUCCAGAACAAUACAGAGAAACCCUGUCUCGAAACCCCCCCCAAAAAAAGAUUAUAGAAGUCAACACAAUAUUAGGUUGCAAACUUUCAAAUAAUUGUACUUUACCUGGGGCUCGCUUCUGUCUAAUGGACAAUCCCUGGUAACAGAAUGAGAAAGGCCUUUUGUAAAAUUACCAGACGUAGCUAUGUCCUGACCUCAAGGCAAUUUUCAAUCCCACUGAGGGAAAAAAAAAUGGGUUUUCACCCACUACCCUUCCUUGUAAUAAGUUUCGCUGCCCUGGAAUAUUACUAGCAUUUUUUUUAACCACUGUAACAACUUCCCCUCAUCAGGCCCCACAUGCCAUGUGGAAGAAGAAAGUUUCUAUGCUACAGACAAGAUCAUUAAGGAUUCAGUUUUUCAGCAUUUACGUACAACCAAAGCACAGGGUUUCCUAUGCCAAUCCCCCAGUCACACCAAUAUUAACAUAUCAACAACAAAAUAACCAUAAAAUGGGAGAGGCUGGUGGAGGUAUAGAAGGAACUCUGAAGAUACCUCACAUACUAACUGUAACUGUAUUUUAACAGAAAUAAUUCUCACUGCUACAUCAGAAGUCACACACGGUGAGCAAAAUCCCAGAACUCUCCCAUGAACUGUAUGUAUUUCUAAGAGUCUUAUCACCAGUGUCUGUGUUAGUAAAUUAAUGGCAUGAUAAAGGCAAGAAUUCAGAAGACCACUAACUACAGAGUGUGUUUCUCAAACAUGUAUUCUAACUGUAUUUGAAUGGGCUGGGGUGAGCUCAGUGGGAAGAAUGCCUAGCAUGUGUAAGUCCCUGCCUCCCAUCUGCAGCACCACAAUGGAAUGAAAUAUAAGUGUACUUAGGAAAACAUAUGUAUCACAGAAGUUCUGAAUAUAUUAAAACUUAUCAUUUUAAACCCCAGUAGCCUUGAAAAAUAGCUGGAAUUUUCAAGUUCCCCUUUUAUCCACUACAUUUUUAACUUUUAAGAUAACUAUGACAUUAAGUGAAAUUAGGAUAAAUAUUUAUGUCUGAAAUGUUUUCAAAAACCCAAGAGUGCCUGAGUCAGACAAAUACUGACUGUGGCCAUUAUCCUCAGGUUAAGGAAUUAUGAAAUAGACUGUCUUUGCCCCAAAAUUGUGCACGAUUUUAAACAAGCCAACCAGACAGAGCAUUUAAAUCCCAUGCACUAUCAUGGCUCAUAUAAGUCCAGCUUAUGUUCCAGAAUUUGCAUCACUAUACACAGUAUACUGUCUCCUGCAGGAGCAACUCAGUCAGAGCCUUGGUAGAGAACACAGUAGACACAGAGUACACUCUGGGACUAGGGAGACCGGGAUCAAAUAUUAGCUCUGUCCCUUGGGGGUGAAGCUCUUGAGCAACCUUUCCAAAUGCCUAAUGCUUCAUCUGUAAAAUACCUGUGGGCGGAGUGAUACAGUUAAGAGUUAUCCAGUAUUCCUACUGAUUCUAAUGUAGAAAACAUUCCUCACACCAAAAACAGACAAGUAUGGGGGAACCACCACUGACUACGAGCAGACAUGAGCAAGAGGGGACCACCAGUGCCCGUGAGAAGGCACUCCCGACAGGAAGCUCGGAAGCCAGUGGUUUCAAUGUUUUCUCUGUUGCAGGUGGUGCUGGGUAUUGUCCGGGUUACCUGCUCUGUUAUCUGCAGUUUGGAACGGUCUUACCAUCUUGUACACUCUGUAAAAAGUUCUGUGAAUCUUCAAACACCAUAGGGAUAUCUAUUAUCUACAGACCACCUGCUCUAAAUAAAAUUCCCGCUAGAACGUC